GGCCAUUCUGUGGCAAUAUCAGCGCCAAGUGGUUAGUUCGUUGGUGAAAUGAGACAAGCAUAAAAAAGACUUGAAAGUCAUCAUACCUUGAGCACCAUAGUUUGCCUCGCAAAAGAUCUUGUUCAUCUAUUCUUGAUCGGCAGAAAGUGCAGAAUAACCGACCCACCGAAUUCGAUAGGCUCGUUCAGUCAUUCUUAUCAUGCGACUUAUAAUUGCUUGGUGCUCUUGCUUAAUCGUCUUCUUCCUACUUCAGGCAAGUCAUAUAGCCAGUGGCAUGGUUAACAAUAUUACUGCAUCGGACCCGCUCUUUGCAAACCAAACUCUCCUCUCCCCUGGCAAAAUCUUCGAGCUUGGGUUCUUCACGCCGAAUGGGUCAGAAAAUCGGUAUGUUGGCAUACGGUACAAGAACUUGACGCCUUCUAAAAUCGUGUGGGUGGCCAAUAGGGAUGCGCCGCUUGCGUACACAGAUCGGUCUGCAAAAUUAACGAUAGGCAGCGAUGGAAAUCUGGAGCUCGUCGAUGGACAACAGAAAAUAGUUUGGUUUACCAAUGUCUCUGGUCAGUCCAAUAAUACUUCAGCAGCACUAUUAGAUAGUGGGAAUUUUGUUCUGCAAGAUGCCAACUAUACUGUAAUAUGGGGAAGCUUCGAGCAUCCAACAGACACUCUUCUUCCGGGCAUGAAGAUGGGAGUAAAUGUCAGGACUGGAGCGAAACAGUAUUUAAUUUCCUGGAGAAGUGACACUGAUCCGUCCCCUGGAAGUUUCGUGACUGGAAUUUCAUCGGAGACGCCGCCUCAGCCUUUCACUUGGAAUGGUUCGACCCCUUACUGGAGAGGUGGGCAAUGGGACAAAUCAAAAUUUAUCGGCAUAGAAGGCAUGGACCAAUCGUACCUGAGUGGGUACAAUGUCCAGCAAGAUAUUCAGCAGGGGACCACUUACUUUUCGUACAGCAUCCCUGGAUACAUGUUCGUUUCACCUAGAGGAUCUCUUAAGUUAAUGUACUGGGUUGAUGGAGCUAAGGCGUGGUUGACGAUUUGGGAGGCACCAAACAAUACUUGCGAGAUUUAUGGAACUUGUGGUCCUUUUGGAGUUUGUAACUCGUUGAAAUCGCCUAUUUGCAGAUGCUUAGAUGGAUUUGUGCCAAAGUCAAAUGAGGAAUGGAACAGUAGAAACUGGACCGGAGGAUGUGUAAGAGAGACAGAAUUGAAUUGCCAGAAAAACACAAGCACAUCAGCUUCGACAAACGUAAAGAAAGAUGCCUUUGGGCGAAUGAGCCAGAUGAAACUACCUGACUCUGGGGACUAUUUAUCAUACAUUAUAGAUCAAGAAGGAUGUCUAAGCUGGUGCCUGAGCAAUUGUUCUUGCUUGGCUUAUUCUUAUGUCAGCACCAUCGGGUGUAUGGUUUGGACUAAAGACCUCAUCGAUCUUCAGAAAUUUUCCACAGUUGGGGAAGAUCUAUUUGUUCGAGUGGCACAUGUAAAAACAGGAGGAUCAUCACGGAAAGCAGUUAGCAUCAGCCUGAGUACCAUUGCCGGGAUCAUGUUCUUUGCCGUGUUUGGUUUUGGUCUUUGCAAAUGGAGAGCUAAGAAAAGAGGAAACUUGAGCAAAAUUCUAAGGGUCCUUGACUCAGUAGAUGCACCUGAAAAUCUGGGUGAAUUGAAGCAAGAUGAUUCACCGGAUUUGACCCUUUUCAGUUUUGAUAGCAUACUACUUGCUACAAACAAGUUCAGCAUGACAAGUAAACUCGGCCAAGGAGGGUUUGGCCCCGUUUACAAGGGAAAGCUGAAUGGUGGGAUGGUAGCUGUGAAAAGGCUUUCUAGUAGCUCAGCCCAAGGCGUUGAAGAGUUCAAGAAUGAGAUCGUCCUAAUAUCGAAACUUCAACAUCGAAAUCUUGUUAAACUCCUGGGUUGCUGCAUUGAAGGAGAAGAAAAGAUUUUGGUAUACGAGUACUUGUCGAACAAAAGCUUGGACACCUUUCUCUUUGAUUCAAGAAAGAAGGCAGAACUUGACUGGGGCAAACGAUUCCAAAUUAUUCAAGGGAUUGCAAGGGGGCUUCUCUACCUCCAUCGAGAUUCUUGCCUCAGGGUCAUACAUCGAGAUUUAAAAGUGAGCAAUAUUCUCUUGGAUGAAAAAAUGAACCCGAAAAUUUCGGAUUUUGGAUUGGCCCGAAUGUUCGAGGGCACUCAAGUUUUGGUGAACACUCAGAAAAUUGUUGGAACACUUGGCUAUAUCGCUCCUGAGUAUGCCAUGGGUGGAAUGUUUUCCGAGAGGUCUGACAUCUAUAGCUUCGGGGUGUUGCUAUUGGAGAUUGUUAGCGGCAAAAAGAACACGGCCCUGUGUGACCAGGGACAAUAUCUCAAUCUCCUUUCCUACGCUUGGCAUUUAUGGAGUGAAGGCUACACAUUGGACCUAAUGGAUGAAACAAUUGCUGUUAGCUCUCCGUUGGAGGUAACAAGAUGCAUCCAUGUCGGGCUUCUCUGUGUUCAGGACCAUGCCAUGGAUAGACCAAACAUGUCUGAUGUGGUUCUGAUGCUAAGUGGCGAAUCGGAUCUUCCUCAGCCGAGACAGCCUACAUUCACUUUCCAAACCGAAAUGCCAAAUCGUGCUAUCCCAUCAAAGCAAGAAGGUGUCUGGUCUGUUAACACUGUCACUAGUACAACGGUCGAAGGAAGAUGACGAUUAUCUUUCUUCACUUUUAUUUUUAAUUUUCAGCAGACGAUUUUGUUGUUAUUUUCAAAGAUAUUAGUGUUUGUUCAAUUCAAGGAUGGCUUUAGUCCGCUCUGUACUAAAGGUUGAAUGAACUGCUCCACUUUUGCAUGGA